CACAAGAAGGGCUCGAGAUGGAGUAUCUGGGAAAGUAUGGACAGCCAGAGAUACUGUCAUCUGUAACUCUGCCUGUCCUACCACCUAACUCAACAGAACCGCAUGCAUCAUCGUCAAGUGGGUCUUCUUCCCAAAAGUAUACCCAUCACCUUUCUUCCCAAUCAGUCAAUCCGUGUAUGGACUUAGUGGCAAUCAUAAGCAGAGAUAUCAACACAACAUCAACACCAUCUGCAGGAAAUCCACAAAAUGCAGGCAUAGUAGGGUUGCCUCCACCACCGGCAGGCAUGAGCGCCGCUCGAAGUGCUGCUUUGAUGAGAAUGAGGAUGGCACAAAGAGCAAAAGCAUUAGCGGCCGCAGGUAUCAAAGAGCCAGUCCAAGAAGCUCCAACAAACGCACCAUCAGUGACAAGAUGUGCUGCGCUCCAACUAAGCCUUUGGCGAAUGUCUUCGAUUGCGGGAGAGCAAGGUGCAAGAAUAUGGGAUGUCACUGUUACCGUGCCAGAUCGGUUUGAGCAGUCGCAAUUCGAAUAUGAAGAAAUGUCAGUGGAUACAAUGGCAUGGAGUCCCGAUGGCCUCGUAUUAAGCCUCGCAGUGAAUGUACAAAGGAGAUCGAGUAGCGAUAUGCAAGUCAAACAGAAGCAUCAAUUCAUUUGUCUGUAUGCGCUGCAAGAUGGACAACAGAUACGAGCGAUCCCCUUCAGUGAUACCGGAGAGUUGCUGUCGAUGGAAUGGAAGGCUUUGCCAUCUCAAAAAGACUCUACACCUCGCAAAUCAGCAAUCGGAUCUGUGCAGCAUAUACUUUCUCUCACGGAACCUUUGGGCGAAAUCGCUACAUUUCGAGAUGAUCAAGAAAGCAAAGCUAGACAGCGACAACGUCUUUUUCAAGCAAUGCGAGAUCCACAUAAGCCAAAAUUGGAAGAAGACAAAAAGAUCAAGGAUGUCCUUACUAGCGAUCCUCGUGGUUUUGGCAAGAUAAUAUCGGAUUUUCCCCAUUCUUUGCAUGCACACUCUUCUAGAGACAAAGUUAGCAUCCUAAUUGCAAGGAGCUCUGCGUCUAUACACGUUUUUCUGGAAGGAUGUAUAUAUCUUGGACGUAUCCAUGCGAGCGAAGGCGGCAAUCUAAUCGAAUCCAGACUAGAUCCUCAAGAUGGCAACAUCUGUCUCUUGCGUGACGGAUUCAGUGGCAGAGAAGUUCAGUUUGAACAGAUGGGAACACACCUACACAAAGAUAAUAAGAGUUUUCAGCGGAUGCUUCAGCUCCAACAUUUAUCCACUUUUGCUUUUGAAUUUAUGACGUACGGAUACGAUGCAAUCGUUACCAUGCGGACAACCUAUCAAGCUAUGCAUGCUGACUGCAUCCAAGCAUGGAAUCGUCGAGCCCGCUUGACGGCCAAAAGAUUUGCUACUCACCUUCCUUCCGAACUUUUGAUGCUUUUGGCUACUGGAUUUGCCAAUGAUGUGACUAUGUCGAUCUUGCUGGGAAAUGACACACUAUCGGAAAACAAUCUCAAAAAGAUGCGAAAUGAUAUACUCUCAACCUUGAACGCAAUAGAAUCAAUGGCUUCUCGAUUAGCAUCAGCAUGUCAAAGAACGAUUCUCGUUUUCGAAGAAGUUUUGGGAUGUGCACUUUGGUCGGAGCAGUACGGCCACAUGUUUGAUGCGCAUAGAACAGAGGCGAUUCGUACAAUUCUGGAAAAGCUCAAACUCAUCACAAGAGAAGCCAUCCGACUGACAAGACUACUGGGCAAAGAGCACAUAGCUUGGACACACUUUUACCGAUUCUGGAUGUAUGAACGUGUACGGCAGGAAGCAGUGAGGGAUUCCAAAGCGAUACCAGAAGCGAUUGCUGGGGCAGGAGUUGGCGAUUUGCCAUAUAAUGCAAUGCUUCUGGUGCAAUUCUUUGAGAGAGGCUUCUAUAAUAGAUCCAUCGAAAGCCUCCUGAAUAUCAGUAUGGACGCCAAAACUCGAGGAGAUGAGGUGGAAGAUGAUGAUGAAGAAGAUGGAGAAGAAAGCCGUAGUCGUGCAGCAGUCCCAGCAAAAGCAUUGCCAAAGGAACCCGUCGACACUUUGCAUCGCAACAACAGCGAGGAAGAUGAUGUAAUGCUUGAUACUGGCAAGCCCUGGUACCGAGACGCAAAGCUACAUGGAAAGAUUAACGAGACGAUCUCGACACUGAAAGAAGACCCGAAAGCAGAUGAGCUAUUUUGCACAAUGGGAAAGAAGACACCAAGCUCGAGCGAUUUCGCAAAGUUGAGUGAAGGCACAAAUUUGCACAUCGGACCAACACAUGAUCUUGCUAAGAAAGGUAAAACCUCUGCCGUGGCAUUGCCCUCUUUGAAGGAUGUGAUGGUGGAAUGUAUCAACAUCGCAUCUCCGCUGUUCUAUCAUGCACUUGCCAAUUGGGCUCCCCACAACAGUGCUGUUGAUGAAAGCAAAUGGCAGCCCCUUCUUUCUCUCGAACCAGAUUCGACAAUGGCUGACGGUCGUAAUGAUAGCCUGCAAUCCAGUGCAAAACCCUUACAAGACAUUCUUGCUCCUACCAAUCUUUCGCCCCUCAUUCGUCAACACAUUUCAGCUUCCCAUUCUGAUCGCAGGAUUGCAUUUGUGAAAGAAACGAAUGAGGGAUUUGCUUCACUUAUGAUUGCGGUAAGUACGAGUCAGGCAGACGAAAAUUUGCUAAUUGCCAACGUCAAACUCGGAGAAAAGGUAAAAGCGUUGGACCUAAGCUUCUACUCUGCUGAAGAGAUCUUUUUGCUGCUCCAAGAAGGCGAGGAGACCAUGCUUGUGUCAUUGCAACUAGACGACCUAUCUUUCAAUCCAACAAAGACAAAAGGGGAGCAACUUGCACUCCAGCCAAUGCAACCCCGCCGUCACAUCAAUCUCACAAAAAGAGGCGGAGGAAAUGCAAAGAAGCUAUCGCUCAAUAAACGCAAAGAAGUAUGCGCAACUUUGGAUGAUGAGGGACAUUUGACAUACUGGGAUUUGGUGCAGCAAGAAUCCCAGGCUGAAGAGAAGGACGAAGAGAUGAUAUGAUUAUGUACUAUAUAAUGUAUUGCUAGGAAUGAAUUACAUGAUUGUUUUACUUAACUUUUUCGGUCAAUUCGGGCACGGCAUCGUACAAAUCAGCCACCAAACCGAGAUCGGCAAUUUGGAAGAUUGGAGCAUCAGCAUCUUUGUUAAUGGCAACGAUUGUCUUACUAUCCUUCAUUCCCGCUAA